CAUGAGGAUGUGUGUGUAUUGUUGAGUUAGAGGAUUCAUCAUUUCAGUUGUCUUCCUCCCCCCCCCCCCAACUUACCCCCUUUUAAUCUCAUUCAUUCCUUUAUAUGACGUUGUGAUGUUUAGUGCCAAACUAAAUGGCAGGUGUAUAACAGAACUGAAAGAUGAAGGAUGUGGACCAUUAUUGUGUGGUACGAGGCUUAGAUAACAGAAGUGAUACUGAUAUUCCGGGCGUCGUCACUUUGUUGUACUCCAGAGCAAGUACAGUGUUGUCAGAUCCUACAGAUUGUGGAUUCCAUGUUGGUAUGGAAGAGUGCUCUGAACAUCAAGAAGCUCCACCCAGCACUGUACAGCUGCAGUCUCACUGGAAUUUAAAUCUACAUUCCGAUUCACCGGCAGUUGAAUGCUCAGGUAGCAAAGUAAAGGACCAGGAAAAAAGCCAAAGUCGUCCCUCAUCUGGCAGCGAUUCUUUUUUACAAGAAAGUGGUGACUAUCAGUGGUUAGAUGAUGGUUAUAACAGAGAACUAAAUUACAGUGUUGAAAAACAUCAUCAAAGUGUUCUGGCCCCAUUUGUAGAGCAGAAUAACUUCAGCUAUGAUGAUCUUUCCAAACAUUUUGAUGCCAGUUUGGCAGAACUUGAUAUGGAGACCUUCCGAACAGAAGACAUUCCAUCCAUGUUGGCCUUUCCAACUAUAUUCUCUGGAAACAUCUCCAGGGAGAACUGUGCAUCAGUGUCAGGGUCAGUUCUUGGGACUCUGGAGCUGGACUCCUCUGUUAGUCCCCGCAGCACAUCAGAAGAAUCAGCAGAGAUGUCCAUUUGUAAAGAUGAGCCACUCUUCUCUCCAGUGAAAGAACAACCAUUGACAGGUGGAAACAUAUCUGUGGAUAGUUUAGACUGUAGCUCACUGGAGGAGCAUGAUAUAGUGUUAACAUGUCAAGCUAAUAAGAACAAUUACACAAUUGUGUUUGAAAGCAGUGGAACUCAGUAUACUGAUGACUCUGAUUUUUUGGAAACUGCAGAUAGCAGUGAAGGAGAAGGAAAUCAGUGGUUCCAACAUAACCAUGGUCAAAGAAGAAGCCAGGGGUGUAUGAUACAGUCAGAUUUAGCUUUUACCACAUGGGGAAAAUUGAGGAGAAUGAAAGAAGCAACAUCUUAUAAAUGUGCUAAUAAACCCACAACAAGCAAAAGCCAAAGCCUUCCAAACCUUCUUCGACAGUCUUUGGUAUUGAAAACAAAAUACUUGCCAGUGAAUCCACUGAACUGUGUUCCUCUGUAUGAUUUACAGACCAGUCAGCCAUCACAUUCAAAGGAUUCUGAAACAAGUGGUAGUCAACAUUCAGUGCCUUUGUUGCAACUGUAUAUAAGGAACAGGAGUUCCUUGGGAUCAGAAGGUUGCUCCAUUUCAAUAUCAAGUAGCCAGUCAGAGUCUUCAGGGUAUAUGAUGACACCUCCACUAUAUGGCUCUAAUUCUAAUAUGCAAGGAGAUACAGAAAAAGUCAGUCAAUCCAAAGGAUACAUAAGGAGAAAUUCUGUGAAGCAGUGUGAGUGUAAAGUUCGAAAAGAAAGAAGUGGAGAAAUUUAUAGAGAACUAGAAAAAUCUGAGGAGAGAAGAAUGACCAUGGUUCAUAGCCUGGGCUCAAACUUCACAACAUUACCAGUGGAUGAUGUGACAGAAGCCAAUAAUAAUUUGUUACAAAUGUCCACUAACAACAACACAUACCAAACAAAUAUAUGUGAACAAGAAUCUGAUGAAGAAGAAGAAAGCUCACAAUAUUUUGAAGACUCUUUAGUAGAAGCUCCACCACCUCGUCCAGUUGUUGCCCACUCAAGUAUUAUUCAUGAAGAAGAAGAACCAUUAGAUACAGAUUCAGGAAGUGGAGAUGAAACAAUGAAAGAUAGUAAAGAACCUAUUGGAAGUGAUAGUGCUACUUCUGAAGAAAUUACCCUUACAAAGAACAAUACCAUAAAGAUAAAACCAAAGGUUUCCAAACAAGACCGUGGAGCUGGUACUGUUCAAAGAAUUAAUAAUUUUUUCACUACUAGUAAAGUUGACAACUUUAUGGCUAAUAAUAGCUGUGAGAGCACUCCUGAAAGGUUUUCUGUUAACUGGGUAGACCUCACUCCAGAAAUUAAUUCUCAAGGCACACAGACUAAACAGUUAAAUAGCAAGAGAAGUGGAUCUAUGCAAGAAUUUUUUACUGAGAGUGAUAAACAUCUAAAUAAUGCUCGACCUCAUUCACCAAGGGAGUCCAGUCCAGCCUCGAGUGGCUAUGGGAGUAGUCGACAGAACUCAGUGGAACGGCUGCGUCAGAAUUCUCAGUUGUUCAUAAACAAUACUAAUACUAUAACCUUAAAUCAAAGUCAAAGGAAUAAGACAGUAGUGACAGUUCCCACAUUGCACGACCGUGUUACUCAAAUACCGGUUCACAUUAAGAAUCGGUCUGUCCAGACUUCCUUUACAAAUGUCAGUGAUGGGUUUAUGAUUGAGGAAGCUACUAUGAUGGAUAAAUCUACUUCUAGUUCAUUCACAGGUGAUAAUUCCACUUCUCCAAACAUAUCAGAGGAUACUGAACCUGAGAAAAAGCCAGUGUAUGUUUGUUUUCCAAAUUAUUCUCUCCCUGAUCUAAGUUUUCUUAAAGAGCUAACAGGUAAUCUAGAUGGACCAAAUUUAUUGUAUCUUAAGCCAUCAAGUCCCAUUGUGCCUCCAUAUAUGAGAGAUUUUGGGAUAUCUCAAAGUGAAAAAAAUAAAGUGAGGUCAUUAUCUUUUCCAGAAUUUGAAUCUAUUUCUCAGGAUACUUUUAACCAUAUUCAAGACUGGGAUUCUUUGAGUGUGUUAUUGCCAAAUGAUUUAAAACCCCUUAUUCCAAAGCUGAGCCAAAGCAAAAUUGAAGAGAAGAAACAUGAAACAGAAGAUAACAAGAAGAACAAUUAUCCUAUAUUUCAUAAUGAGCCUUGUUGGGUGUUCAGCAAAUCAAUAAAAAAAACUUCAAGUUCAGAAGAAAAUACUGGUAUGACUGGAAAGUGUUUCUCUUCCACUAAUCAUAAUCUCCCAGAACCUGAGAGUCCUGAUAUUCCUCCACCCUUGCCUAAACGAUCCCUUUCAUUACUAAAAGACAACUGUUUUGGUGAUGGCUCCUCUAGUUCCCCAAAGGGAAUUUUGAGGAAGUCACCAUCAAGUGAUUACUGUCUAGAACAGAACCACCAGCAGUUUAUUUCAAAAUGCAGGAAUGCUUCUUGUAUGUCUUCUAAAAAAGAGGAUCUAAAAAACAAAAGAAGAUCACUGCAUGAACCUUGCCAACAACUAUUGGAGAACAUUCCAGAAAGUUCUAAUGUGAAAAGAUAUUGUUGCUUUGCUCCAUCCACUUGCCAUGUUGUAGAUCAGGCCUUAACUAAUGUUGUAUGCAAUUCUAAAGAAAUACCAGAUACAAAAUCUAGUAUUAGAAACCCUUUGCAGAAAAAUUUGUCAGAAGGUUGCUGUACAGGAUGUCCAAAUCAUGGUUGUCAGAACUGUAUGCCAUCAAAACAGUCAGUUUGUUUAUGUUGUCAUGCAGAUUCUUCCAACCAGUUAGAAGGUUUUCAGCAUAACAGAUUUUCUUUUCCAAGAUUUGCUACAUUUGAAGGGAAGCAACCACUGCAGCAACUAUGUGGUCAACUUCAACAGCUUCUUAAUUCUAGUACCAGUCUCAAUUUAAUGGCUGCAGCUUUGUUGGCAGCACAAGGGAGCCCAGAAGGAAGCAAUGCUAGUAGCACCUCUUCAAACUGCAAUUGUGCUCGUUCAAAGAAAGCAGUAAGCUUCUGUGAAAAGGUCGCUGUGCAGUCGAGAGAGAUGGGAACCACAGCCGGGGAAAGACCAUGCCAACAGAAUAACAAGAUCGCUACUGUCCAACCAUGUGGACACAAGUCAGGAGAAGCCAAGGAUGUUGAUUAUAAGGAAGAGAUGGAUCAACCUCCAGAAGAUUUUCAAGUUUCACCAUCACGAGGCCAGUUUCCAAACUUUCCAGACUAUGAAAGUCCUUUAUCUGUUUGUGAUGAAACUUCAGCAAAAUGCUUAAACCAAAAAGCAGAUUUAGUAAAGAACUUGGCUCAAGCAAUAGAUGCACUUGUGUUGGAUCUUUCAGAAGGCUGUGACCACAAAGAACAGGUCCUGGAAGGGCUAUGUCCGGCUCUCUAUGCUAUUGUGGCUGAUGGUUUGCUUCCAACUGUGAAAGGUCUUUUUGGUUAUGUGAGCAAUUCUCCCUGGCGUGUUGCUGAAGCCUCAGCUCUCUCUGGGGAACCACCUGCUGAUCUCAAGGAACUAAUCAGAUAUGUUAGUGGCAAAGAAAACUUAGUGGACAAUACUUGCCGCUUUUAUGCUUUUAUUCUGGGACUUCUGAAUUUGGGAAGCUUGGACUGGUGGUUUCUUCACUUGACAUCUUGUAAAACUUUAGUUAGUCGUCAUUAUACAUCUGAAGCACUGCUCAGUCUUCUGUCCUUUCCUUCAGCCACUAGUCUGUGUGAAGAGCUGCUAACAAAACUGAGACCUCUUGCUUCAAUGUCUUUCACCCUAGAACUUAGUGUAGAGUACAGUGUCUUUGUUAGUGAAGUACAGCCCUCACCUCAAGAACAUUCUACUUUCCAUGACACUGAAGAGAAAAACCAUGUUGUUCGCAGAAGACAUGCUAAAAUGGAACAUCAGAGUGAUGCCAACCAACGUCAGCGUCCAGUCUCUUUCAUGGAGAAGGGUCAGCUGAAAACACUAUCUCAUCAGAAACGGCAAAGCUGGAAUGGAAGUGAUCUUACCGAGAAAAGGCUACUUGAAGUUUUAAGUCAAGAAUCAAGUAAUAAGCAAAAAUGUGAAGAUAUAGUGGGUAAACAGAUAUCAAAUAAGAUGAGAGAAAAGCCUCCAUUGCCAGAGAAGCCUAAAACACUGGUUCCUAGCAGAGUGAACAGAGAGCUUGGAAGUGAGGUAAUGCAGAAAGGUGUGAACGUUGCCUUUCCAUCAUCAAAACCCACAAUUCAGAAAUCACCUGGUUGCUCAUCAGGCAAAGGAAAUAAACAAGGCAUUAAAAUCCAAAAAAAUGAUGUUGAGAGACCAAGAUCCCGUAGUGCAACUGAGGAUGUUGUAAGUAAUACUUUUGUUGAAAAUAAAAAAGAUUGUGAUGGUAAAGUGUUUGAGCAACUGAAAAGAAGAUGGGAAAAUCUUACUACUACAAAUAAUUUGGAAACAGUAAAGACUAACACUGUUACAACUGUCACUUCCAAAAGACCUCCAAUUCCAGCUACUAGUUUGUCAAAACAGAAAAGUGAAAAGGUACAGUCUGUGGUACCUAAAAUGUUCCACGCUGUAUCAGGAAGACGAAAAUCUCAUCAUAGUCCUGUCAGCUCCCAAUCCUCAGUUUCCUCUCAUUCAUCCACAAGCUCUCCAGUUAGAUCCUUGGCUGUUGGCCCAGUUUCUCCCAGCCCUUCACCAGAUAGUUCUUCCUUGGUGAGGAGAGCAACCAGUCCAAACAUGUUGCCAUCACAGGUCACCCCUCCAGUAAGUCCCAGUUCCAGAGGCAGAGGUCAUGUGAAUAGAAAGUCAUUCAUCCCUGUCCAUAGGGUUGCAAGGACUUCACCCAGUCCUCAGAGGAGACCCAGGUCAACAGGUAGUAGCAUUCCUCGGCCAGGAGAAGAUAAUUACCACUAAACACAAGUGAUUGACUAAUAGUCCUGGCCCUACAGUGUUGCCCUGGUGUCAACUGCCAGUUUAGCUCACAGGAAUAUUUGGUAUUGCCUGACUCAACAUGUAUAAAUCGUGUUGUGUACUGACUUUUUCAUGUGUGUGGUUCUUGUAGUUUUUGAGGAUAAUGUUUUCUACUCCCAUUCUAUCUUACUUUGAUUAGCAUGGUAUCUAGGUUACCCACUAGAAAGUUAAACUGCUUUAGUGAAGUCUUAUGUUCUAGUCUCUGGUGUAGUGGCACAUUACAGCUUUCCAUAUAAUCUUAUAUUCAAGCUAUGUUUGUGUGGAAAAAUCUUUAUACAGAAUGUAUAUAAGUUAUCCAUUUUAAAUGCUGAACUAUUUUAUGUAUUGUCUUAUGUAAUUCUAAUAAGUUAUUGAUUUCCAAAUUAAACAUAAAUAUCCAUAGAAAUUUAAUACAGUGGUUGGCAGAGAAUUCCUUAACAGUAAUUGUAGUUUGAAGGUCUGGUCAUUGCUUUUGUAAUUGUGUGUAGUUCAUAAUGUCUUUUCAGACUUGAAGAAGGUUCUUUUAAUGACGUUUUUUGGAGUAGUUCUGUCAUAUCUUUUGAAAUGUUUAGUACUAAUAAAAACAAUUUCAGUAUUGUUAUGUUUAGAUCAUGACAGUUGGAGAUUCCAGCUUAUUAAAGAAGUUGUAUCUGUUAUUAUUACAUUUUUAUUUUUGUACUUUCAAAACAAAAAAAGAAUGUGCCAUAAACGUAUUUCUUUAUUAAUGUAAUUCAAAAUCUUUCUUGUAUUUAUAUAUUUUGUUCUUAAUCAUUAUUUUGAAAUUUUCAAGAUAACAACCAAUGUAAAUUAGAAUUAAUACAAUGUAUUUUGUUCUUGUUCUGUGUAACCUUCAUACUUGCUUUCUUUACUGUAGAUCUUGGAAUAAACACUUGUCAUCACAGCACCUGUCCUUUGCACUUCUAGUCUUUAAGUAGCACUUGGCACCUACUAAGCAUGGCUCUGAUUGUCUGUGAUACUAUUACUGCUCUACUUUUGUUUUAUAUUAUGGAAGGAUAUCUUUGGUUAUUAAUUAUAAUAUUGGAUGUAGAAGCAAGUAUAACUGUGUUGACAAGCUCAUAAAACUUUUCAUUAAAUACUUUUAUAUAAUAUUUAAGUGGGCUUAAAUUACCCUAAAGCAGUGAGAUAGUCAGUUACAUACAUUUUCAGAAACACAUUUGCCAGUGGUUUUAGACACAUUAAAUUUUUCAGAGUAAUUUUUACAAUUAUUUACAGAAAAUGAGUUUUGGUAAUUAAAAUAGUCAUUAUAUUUCAUCUAACAGAUUUUAUAAACAAGUACACAGUAUAUUAUUUCAGUAAUUCUUGGAAAGAUUGCAACAUACCCUUCCUGUCAUUAAGAAAUAAAAAAUACUUUGUUAGAUAGCUUGUAUUGAUCUAAAAUUAAUAUUAAUUGUUUUUACAUAAACUGAGUUUUAUUAAAAGAAGCAAGUCUAUUAAAACAUAAUAGUUGUUAGUAAUAGAGUAAUGCCCAAUAACAGUAAGGAAAACAUCAUCAAAUACACUCUUCAAUAAUUGGAACAGCAUCCACUGUCUUGUAAUACAUGAGGAGUUUGUGGCAAGAAUUGACCCUCCUUAAUGAAUGAGUUCAGUAAUUGGAACAACAAGGUCUACUGUCUUGUUAUAUAUAAUACAGGUAGAUUUUAAGUAAAGGAAAUGACAUCUAACGAUACUCUCUUAAUAUUUGUGAGAUGUAUCACCCACUUUCUUAUUAUAAUUAUUAAAGGGAGCUACAGUAUUUGACCUUCUUUAAUAUUUGUGAGAUGUAUCACCCACUUUCUUAUUAUAAUUAUUAAAGGGAGCUACAUUAUCUGACCUUUUUUAAUAUUUGUGAGAUGUAUCACCCACUUUCUUAUUAUAAUUAUUAAAGGGAGCUACAUUAUCUGACCUUCUUUAAUAUUUGUGAGAUGUAUCACCCACUUUCUUAUUAUAAUUAUUAAAGGGAGCUAUAUUAUUUGACCUUCUUUAAUAUUUCACCUCACUUCACUUUGUCCCUUAACCCUCGGGAUCAUUGGGGCACCACUGACAACUUUGCAACCAGCUCUCUCCAUCUUUCUCAAUUUUCCACUACCCUCUGGGAGUUGACAGACUCCAGGCCUGUCCACUCUUUGAUGUUCUCCCCACCUUUUCUUCUGUCUGCCUCUUCUUUUCACUCUCACGGUGCCUUGCAAGAUGGAGUUUGUCAAGCCAGAUGACCACGAGACGGUUGAGUAUUGGUUUUAAAAAAAUUAAUAUUUCCAGGGUUGUAAUUGGUACAACAGGGUUUACUGUCCUGUUAUAAUACCCACAGGUUUAGCCAUCAGAUGUGUAAUAUUUGCUGGAUUUAGUCCUACUCUUCUUUAACAGUGUUCAUGUUACUUAAUAAAUCCAUUCUCUUUCUGUCUCACAUGAACUGUUCAAGUGUUCUCCAAAACAUCGAAUAAAGAUAUCUGUAUUCUCUAAUUUAUUGUUCAGCACAUGCAUCUACAUAAACUCUCCUUGUGCUACAUACUUCAGUUACUUUAUAAAUCAUUACAAACAAACCACGAUAACCUUAGAAAGGUCAACUCUUACUCUCCCGGAAAUGCUGGGAAUAGGCUACCAAAUUAAUAUGAAUGCCAUAUUAUAGUUGAUAGUCCAUGUUUCACAAAAUGUAGGGGUAUUUUUUUAUUCUGCCAAGCCCUGAAGCUGUCUGCUCAGUUACAGACAUGACCUUGUCAUGGUGUCUUGGUAAGAAUUAUGAAAAGGAAAAUAUUUACUUGCAAUUACAUGUAUUCCCACUCCUGAUAAAUGUGUUUAAACUUCUGUCGAAACCCACUGUUAUGAUGAUCACUUGGUGUACUUGUCAAAAUAACAAGAAAUGUUAUAUUUCCUGAUAGGAGGCCACUAAAGACAUACUUUCACAUUCUGAACGAUUCUAUGUUCUUAAGACAUUAUUUUAGUCUCUCAUACUUUCAAGGAACAUAGUAUUGUAAACCUAGCUGUUUUAAAACAGUAAAUGCAUAUGUUAAUAUGAUCUUGUGAUCCUUAUUCAACUCCAAAUGUGUGAUUUAGUUAUGUUUCUGUUAUGAGCUUAGACUGUGUUAUACAUUAGUAAUGUAUAAGAAGUCGAGUUUGGAAAAUGUAAGGUAUUUGAUAAUGUAAUUUAUGUAUACUUUGUGUUGGGAUUGCAUUCAAAAUAUGUCCAAAAUCAUUACUAAUACAAGAAUCUGUGGUUUUUCUUGAAAGUAAGCAUAUUUUUUGCACCUCACUGUGCAAACUUCUAUUCAACGGAUAUGUAAGUGUAUAAAAGCAAUAGUUUUAAAUGAUGAAAAAAUUUAUUAAUAGUGAAAGAAAGAUCACUUCUGAAUAUUUUAGUGUUGCAACAUCACUCUUUUUUUAGUAUGUGGUUUAGUUUUCUGUGUUUGCUUUGAUAGGUGUAAUAUAAUUGUUACACUUCACCUAAUAGUUUGUGUGAUAGCAGCUUUUGUCAAAUAAAAUACUGCAUUAUGAAGAAAUUG